AUGACGUUUGGCGUUGCUUGUUCGCCAAGCAGCGCACAGUUCGUGAAGAUUCGCAACGCAGAGCGAUUCGAGAAAGAGUUCCCGCGUGCGGUGAAAUGCAUCAAAGACGAGCACUACGUGGACGAUAUGCUCGUGAGUGUGGAAACGGAGGCAGAGACUGUAUGCCUAGCGAAAGAAGUUCGGGAGGUCCACGAUAAAGGAGGAUUCGAAAUCCGGAAUUGGUUUACUGAAAAACUGCAGGCGGGCAAGUCAUGCACAACGAAGCGAAACCUACUCCGGAUCCUGAUGAGAAUUUACGAUCCCAUGGGUUUGCUCGGGCUGUUCCUGAUGUAUCUGAAAGUUCUCCUGCAAGAGAUAUGGCGUUCUGGCAUAGGAUGGGAUCAAGAGCUGCAUGACCAACUGGCGGAAAAGUGGUUAAUUUGGCAACGAGUGCUCCCUGAGGUCCAUAAGACACCCCUGAAGAACUACGUCUCAACGUGUUGCAUCAUACGGAAAGAUGUCAUCUUAGAUGAACCGCUGACACAAGAAGAGCUGGCACGGGCUGAGAGGAUCAUCUUCACUCAAAUACAGGCGGACGUGUAUGCGUCUGAGAUACGCUCUUUGAAGAAGGAUCCCUCUCAGAUGCAGCCGUGGAAGAGCAGGGUGGAGAAGAGCAGUCCUCUUUACAAAUUAUCGCCGGUACUUGACGAACACGGAAUAGUGAGGAUGCGAGGGCGCCUGGCUGGGACGUUAUCGGUCAGCGAAACACUGCAGCAACCGAUCAUCCUCCCUCGGAAGCAUCGUGGAACAGAGUUGCUGAUACUCAGCUACCACGAACGAUAUAAGCACUGUAACCACCGCACGGUUGUUAGUGAGCUGCGAGCUCGGUUUUAUAUACCCCGAGUCCUGGGUGAGUACAACCGUGUGCGUAAGUCCUGCCAGCGAUGCAAAAUAGAUGGAGCCAAUCCGGAACCUCCCUCGAUGGGAAACGUUCCAUUCCAACGAGUUGCGGUCGGGCAACGAGCUUUUUCAUUCACAGGCGUAGACUAUUUUGGACCCCUGCUGGUUGCCGUAGGAAGACGAGUAGAAAAAAGAUGGGGAGUCGUAUUCACCUGCCUGACGUCCAGAGCUAUCCAUUUGGAGAUGGCUCACUCUCUCACGACGGCGUCCUGCAUUAUGGCGAUUCGGCGCUUCAUCGCUAGGCGCGGGAAACCGUUAGAGAUGAUCAGCGAUAGGGGAACCAAUUUCGUCGGGUCGGCUCGGAAGCUGGAGGAGGCCUUACAGGCAGUAGACGUUAACGCGAUGAUGGACGAAUUCGUUGGGCCCGAGAUGAAAUGGAGCUUUAAUCUGCCAGCAGCACCACAUUUCGGCGGAUGCUGGGAGAGACUCGUCCGGUCUGUGAAGAAAGUGCUGAGUCAAUUCGAGCUGCCACGAAAGCCGACGGACGAGGUGCUGAUGUCGACGCUAACGGAAAUCGAGCUCAUCGUCAACUCGAGACCACUCACCUACGUGCCAUUGGACGACGAGAUGGACACACCGAUCACACCGAACCAUCUACUACUCGGAAGCUCCAACGGGUGCAAGCCGCCCGCCGUAUUUGACGACAGUAGUACCGCCGUUAAAUCAGCGUGGAGAGCCGCCCAGCGCAGCGCUGACGUAUUCUGGAGAAGAUGGGUAUCGGAAUACCUCCCCACGCUGACUCGUCGAUCGAAGUGGUUUGAGAAGGUGCGGCCGAUUGAGGUGGGGGAUUUAGUAGUCAUCGUUGACAAUUGUUCGCCGCGGAACAGUUGGCCGAAGGGACGCGUGAUAGAUGUAGUUAGGGCCCGGGACGGUCAAAAAAUGCAGGCUUAG